GACCUCUGGUGACACUGAACAAGCCCCUGGGUCUACCCGUGACAGGAAAGCCAGGGGAGCUGACGCUGCUGUCCGUGCUGCCAGAGCUGAGCCGGGCCCUGGGGCUUGAGGAGAAGGAGCUCCAGGUGGUCCGAGCACCCGAGAAGGAGGCUUCUGGGCUUGUACUUCUCUCCAGUUGUCCCCAGACAGCAAGCCGCCUCCAGAAAUUCUUCAUCCACUCACGGAGAGCCCAGAGACCCACAGCCACCUACUGUGCCGUCACCAACGGGAUCCCAGACACUUCUGAGGGGACAAUCCAGGCUGCUCUGAAAGUGGAACCCGUCGAUGGGGUCAAUCUUGUGGUGCCAGUGCAGCACCCAUCCCGAAAGGACAACCUGGAAGGUGUCAAGAGGACCCUCAGCCACUUCCGUGUGGUGGCCACAGGCUCCCUGGUCCAGCUGCAGCCACUGACAGUGUUCCCCACUCAACUACAGGUGCACUUGGUCCUGCAGCUCUGCCCGGUGCUCGGAGACCACGUGCACGCCGCCCGCGUGGGCACUGUCCUGGGCCAGCGCUUCCUGCUGCCCGCCGAGACCACGAAGCCCCGAGCACAGGUCCUGGAUGAAGCCCUCCUCAGACGCCUGCACCUGACCCCCUCCCAGGCCUCCCGACUGCCCUUGCACCUCCACCUGCACUGUCUCCUCCUCCCGGGCACCAGGCCCAGGGACGGCCCCGUUGAACUCCUGGCGCCUCUGCCCCCUUAUUUCUCCAGGACUCUGCAGUGCCUGGGGCUCUGCCAACAGUAGUCCUCCCUGUUCCUGACCACCCCCCUGGAAGGCAAACCGAAGAUCGAAUCCCGCCUAGGCCUUCUGCUUGUUGUGUGGCUUUGGGCAAGUGACGUCACCUCUUUGGACUUGAGAUAAUAAAAGUUGCUACUUCAUAUUAUGGUUUUGAGGAUUUGCUGAGAAAGUAAAUAUUUAUCAUGGAUUAUA